GGGGGCGGUGCUGACUCAUUUUUACACUCGUGAACACCCACUGUGUUUAACUCUUUCUGUCCCGCGAGCUCAGCUUCACGCUUACCUGUGUGCGCGUGCUUCUCCGUGUGAGACAGGACAGUUGUCCAAACAUUUCGUCGUGGAUAUUUGUUCAUACAAAGCUUUACAAGACUUCAGCCUCUCCUCUAGCCAGGAAUCCAGCACUGCAGCCCUGCCAUCAGCAGCAGCAUGGACUACUACACGCCCCAGUCGAAUCGUCGCCACAAUCCCGUGGACAGCAUCUGCCGCAAACUGCAGACCAUUCAAUGGCGCGGUGACCGGGAGCCCAAUUCACCGUUUCAGAUUCCCAAACUCUCCUCCACCAGUUACGACAGCCCACAGUGUGGCCUCAGGCACAACCUGGAGGCCAUCCUGAAGAAAGGGGCUCUCCACAGAGACGAGGGGGAGAGGGGGAAGGAGAAAGCAAAGGAGAAAGGGAAAGAGAAGGGGAAGGGGAUGGGGAUGGGUAUGCCGAGCUCUGCUGGUUCCCAGAGAAGCAACCUAGGUGCCUCUGUUCCGCUAUUCACCCCUUCCACCCCAACAUGCAAUCCCUCCAUACCAUCUAACGUCACAUACACUGUCACUAGCACCCUGGGAGAGAGGAGAGGUGCUGAUGGGAGUGAUUUGAGACAAGUUAAGAAAUGGCAGAGGUAUUGUUCAACACCCACAGGUCAGUCCAAAGACUCCCCUUACUUUACAUUCACCCGAGGACCCCAGUCGGUUCAGCCCGAGAGCGAGAGGCCGAGCAGGAGCCCACCUAUGUCUCGUACCUUCACCCCGAACCACAGCACCCUUUCCUACAACCUCAACUUCUGCUCAGCGGAUGUGGGGAACUCAACCGAGUGUGAGCUGCCCUACCCGGCUCUGGUUGUGAAAAGACUGUCCAUGGGAGAUGGAGGAACCUCACUGGCCUCUGAAAACAGGAAGGAAAAUAUGGCUGAAAUCAGUCUCAUCUGUGAGGAGAAUCUGCUCGACACCAUCUUCCAUGCCUGCGACACCCAGCGCCGAGGUAAAGUCUUUGUGUCUCACAUUGUGGACUACCUGCGUCACACCACCAGUCGCAGCUCUGAAGACAGCGGACUGGAGGAACUCUGCAACAUGCUCGACCCAGAACACAAAGACGUCUCCAUUGACUUGGACACAUAUCACGCCGUCAUGAGGGAGUGGAUUGAUGACUGCCGCAACAACGGGGAAGAGCCAACAGAUGACGUCACUCAGGACUCAGUCAAACUCCGAGACAGCCUGUGUGCCAAGAGGUCCAUGCUACUCAAUAUGACCUCAGGAAGCUUGGAGGCUUUUGGAGGGGAGGCAUCCAGAGCAGAAUUUGAGACGUCAGAGCUGGUGUAUUGUGUUGCUGAUCUUCAGAUGAGUAACCAAAAGCUACAGGAGGAGGUGAGGAAGAUGAAGCAGGUGGUAGAGGGAAUGGAGGAGAGCAACCAGAAGCUGGCAGAGGAGAACGAGGAGCUACGCAACCAGGCCAGGGUUAACCAGCAGCUGGCCCAGAAGGAGAAGAUGCUGAAGGAGGAGGUGGAGGAGAUGAAGGCCACUUUGAACUGCACGGAGGAAGGCAGAGCUCGCGCCUCCGCGCACAGCAAACAUGUGGAGAAAGAAAACCAGAGUCUCAUUGCCAAGAUUGCCUCUCUUCAAGAAGAGAACUUCAAGGUCACCAUGGAGACGGACGAGCUUCAGAGGAGAAUAGCAGAGCUGUGUGACAUUAACGCUGACCUUCAGGUGCAGAUUCACUCUUUUGAUGCGGUUGUUAGUGAAAAGGAAGCCGUGAUACUAGAGAAAAGCAGACAGAUAAAUGAGCUUAAGGCAGCAGUGGAGGAGUACUCCUCCAUCACAGAGCUGCUGAGGGCAGACAAGAGCAAGCUGGAGAACCAGAUGCAGAUGAUGCACCCGGAUCUGGCUGGUGCUGGUCUUUCCCUGUCAGCGGCCUACAGGUUGAACCAGAGCACCUCCGGAUCCCUACAGACAGAGCUGGCUCUGGCACAGUCACCACUGGAGGCCGCCCAUGGAGUUGAUCAUUUGUCCACUAAUAUGAGCUUUGCCUCCCCGCUGGAUGAGACGCUAGACAGAGAGGUACUGCUGAUGCUACAGGGACCCAGCCCAGAACACAUGGCUCGGGAGUUCAAGAACCUCCUAAACAAUCUGAAGAGGGAUUUCACAGAGGAAACCGAUUCCGUCUUGUCUACAGUUGGAGGCUUGUUGGACAACCACGCAAAGUCAGGGGACAACACAGACACUAGUCUCCAGACAGUACAGGCCGAGCUGGAUGCGAGAAGGGCAGACUGGGCCCUCAGCCUGGACCAGCUGGCCCAGUAUACAGACUCGCUGGAGAAGGAGCUGAUCAAAAUGGCCAGUAACAUGAGGAGGUCCCGCACCGAGAUCCUGCACCUUUCAGUCAGGGUGCAGGAGCAGGAAAACCAGAAGCGGCAGCUGCGUGAAGAGUUGGAGCAGCUAAAGACACCUCAAGACAGCAGAGAGGCCUCAUGCCAGACACCUGCACCAGAAGAAGAGCCUGGAGAUGACUUGGACUGGGAUGAGGAGUUCGCCCUUCAAGACUUUCUAAAGAACGAGUUAGCUGAAAGGAAUUGCAGAGAGCAGAGCGGGCGAACAGACAGCAGGCAUGAAGUGACUGCGGAUAAAUUGACAGACAGAGGAGAAGAAGAAGACGGUGAGGAGAAGUGGACUGUGGUGGAUACAGCAGGAGAGGGAGAAGUCAGGGACACGUCUACUCCUCUGUCUGCCCUCUCUGGGGAGGCCCAGCCUGGGCACAAUACAGCAGUAGGGGGUCAAGACUCUACAGCCAGCACUGAGUCAAAGCAGGAGGCGAACUCUCAAUCUCUGCAGGAAGAGGCAGCAGUGCCAUUGAGCGCCCACUCGCAAGCUGUCAACAUUAGACACCCAGAGGCGGAUGCUCUCCCUGAUCUGUCCCACUCAGAGAACAACACAGAUGCAGAGGCUCUUGAGACUGCAGAGUCUCACUCAUGUGGUCCAGCCCAAAAUCUGAGCAACUCACCUGAGCAGGACCAAAUGGUCACACUUAGUAACACCCCUCCUACAGCAGCUGAGAUGGUUCCUUCCAGCGGCACAUCACCUGGACCAGAUGAGACUGUUCUCCAGAGUGAGAGUGCCCAUCCGACCAGUGAGGACCACAGGGGAGAAGAAGAGAAAGAAGGCGAGGCAGACUCGAGCACAGGAGCCAUGAGCCACACUAAGAACUUGAGCCAGGACCAGUCUGCAAACACAUCAGCAGUGGAGGACAGCACGUGUCUGCUACCUGUGUUGGUGGAAGAGGAGGAGAGUGUGCAGGACGGUACAGCCGAGGUUGCAACAGUUGCCACCAGCAUGGAAGGGACAGACCAGCUCACCAGCAAAAGAGCGGCCACUUUCUCUGACAAUAGCUCUCCGCAGUCACCGUCGUACUAUACACAAGCCAGCCAAUCAGGGAGCGGCAUGGGCAGCGUGACCUCUGACCCCAGCCUCCCCAUCAGUGGCAAAAAUAAGAGGGAACUGGAGCUGUCACGCACCAUAGAGGCCAUCGAGGAGCACAUUGUUCAUGAGGAUGAGACCAGCACGGCCACUGAGAAGGAUUCUGAGAUGUCAGUGAUCUCUGACACCUACAAAGACAAGAACGGCCUGUCACCUAGUGACAAGGAGAUUGAGGCAGAGUUCCAGCGUCUGGCACUGGGCUUUAAAUGCGACAUGUUCACCCUAGAAAAGAGACUCCGGCUGGAGGAGAGGUCACGUGACCUGGCUGAGGAAAACGUCCGCAGGGAGGUGUCCAGCUGCCAGGGCUUACUUAAGGCUCUGACUCCUUUUUGUGAAGAUGACAAUCAAUCCAUGGAGAUCAUCAACAGGCUUGAUAAGAACCUGGAAAUCCUCAUCCAGUCCAUGACCAGGGUGUCCAGUCGCUCUGAGAUGCUAGGAGCUAUUCAUCAGGAAAGUCGCAUUGGGAAGGCAGUGGAAGUGAUGAUCCUGCAUGUGGAGAAUCUGAGGAGGAUGUACACCAAGGAGCACGCCGAGCUGCUGGAGCUGAGAGAGACACUCAUGCAGAACGAGAGGUCGUUUGGAUCUGAAAGGGAUGAUUUCCGUGGCAAGAAGCAGCCAACAUCACAGUACUACAAGCAGUCAUCAUCCCGGCGGGUCAGCAUAGCAGCGAUCCCACGUGCUAGUGGAGGCAACACACACUUUGACAUGUCCAAAACACAAGAUGGCACAGAGGCUGAAACGGAGAGACUGACCAGGCGAUCCCCAUGGAAUGUGGCAGGGAAGAGCACGGCGCGCCCUCCACUAAAACGCUUUGUUAGCUCUGCGGCCUGGGUUGACACUGGAGAGCCUUCUCCCAUGAUGAAGGGGAAGACCUACGACAAUGGCUGCCAAUCAGAGGAUGAGCAGAAGGAAGAGCCAGAGGCAGAGAAGAGGAGGUCCAGUCUCAGUGAGCUGGGCAACAAAAUCACCUCCCUCAUUCUGACCCUCAAGACUCCGAGCCCUUCCUCCAGCCCUGCAUCUACAGAGAUGGUCCAGCCUCUGUCCCACAACCUGACCUCUUCCCGGGCAGCGACAACCGCAGCAGUAGCCAGAGGUGGCAGGGGAGUCUGGCUUUGGCUGGCGAUGGUAGUGGUUCUGGCAGGUCUCUUGGCACUGCUGGCCAGCCUGGUGAUGCAGCCAGUGGUAGAUGCAGCACCUGUGGGGACCGGGGACUCCUGGAUGACCAUCCAGCAGCUGCUAUGGCCCUACACAGGACUCCGACACAAUGGACAGCCCCCAGUCUAGCCCCUGAGACCCAGGGUGCAUGGUGUUACUGCCUAUCUGCACACUGUUGUGGGGAUGAAGGAAUAUACAAUGUACAAGUCCUGAGCAGAAGCAGUUGGGAUGUUUACUGGUGCCUGAAGAUUCCUAAACAGAGACUCUCAUUAACAGCGCAGGCCAGGCCUCAGGGGAUAGUUAACCCUAUGAAGGACUUUUAUACGUCACAUCACGUUUGCUAAAUUAAUGUGUGUAUGUGUGUGUCUGUGUUUUAAGAGCAGAAGCAGUUACACAUGGUGCACUGCUCAACAUCCUUAACACAUCAUGAUCCAUUUUUCCUAUCAGUGCUGCUGGCAAUAUGUCUACCCAGAACCCAACACGAUCUGUCAAAUCAGAACUGAUAAUCAUCAGAGCUGGCACAACUUUAACCAAUCAUGUCCUAACUUUGUCAGAAUGAUUGCAGUGAUUCACAAAGUCAUGCAUUGGACCUCUGUGCUGUUUUCCAUUGACAAACAUCAUGGACGAUGCCUCUGAUAGUGCCACAUGGCUUUUUAACACAUUUUAUGCACUAGAGGAAACAGGUGACUGCCAGGACAUUUUAUAAUUUUUCAGUCUAUAAACACUGGUAAUAAAUCUUUAAUUUUAAGUGUUUUUUAAAUUUUUGAAAUCUAUAUUUAUGAGUUAGUUCUGAGUGGGGAGAUGUUAAUAUCUGUUCAUUUUUUUUAAGUUAUAAUUCUACAUUGUUACGGUCUUCACACCAAAGGUUUUUUUUUUAUUUCUCUCUGAGUUCUUGCUGUGGUUGUCACCGUUUUCAACUUCGUACACUUUUGUAUGUUCUAAAGAAGAUGCGUGGAACUUUGCACAAAUAAAGUAGCCAAUUCCACAA